AUGAAAAAGGUGAGAGAGUGUGGGAUUGGAGGAGAGUGGGGAGAGAGGUGAGGGAAUUUUGCGGUAAAAAAUUGAAAAAGGGUGAGAAAGUGGGGAAAGGAGGAGGAUUGAGGGUUGUUGCGCAACCUAGAGGUUGCGGGAGGGCAAGAGGUUGCGGGGUGUUGCGCAACCGAGAUGUUAUGAAUGUUGCGCAACCUAGAGGUUGCGGUAGGUUAAAGAGUUUAUGAUUUAUGUCUGUGAUUUUUUUCCGGAAAAAGCGGAAGGAUCAAGACUAUCAAGUCCAUCAAUAAAAUUUGAUGACUCUUCAAUAAACUUUUCGACUCAAUGAUGAUGAAAUAAUUUUUUACCCUUUUCAAAAGGAUUAAGAAUCCAAUAACUUUUAUUCGUUUAUUCAAAAACCAACAGGUUGCGGUAGGUUAAAGAGUUUAUGUGUUUGUGAUUUUUUUCCGGAAAAGCGGAAAGAUCAAGAGUAUGUAUGGCCCAUGAAUAAGAGUUGAUGACCCUUCAAUAAACUUUAGAGGUCACAGAUCUCCAGGAUUUUCGGGGCCGUUUGGGGUCAAUAGGUCACGCCUCCAAAAAGACCUAUAUAUUCAGACAAGAUAUUAAGACAUUUUCAUUAAAGUGCAUGUCGCUAGUCGCGGCAAUUCCCUGUUUUUUGCACUAGCGACAUGCACUUUAUGUCGCGACUAGAAUCAUUUUGCCGAAAAAUUAAAAAAAAUUUUUUUAGUGAAAUGGAAAAACUGUGUGAAGAGUUUAAUUCAAUGUCCCUCUCCGAGGACGAAACCGAAGUAAGCUUCAUUUUUUUUUUUAUUUUUUCUUUUAUUUUUUUAAUUUUCUGUUUUUUUUUUAGUUAGCGCACCUCAGUGCGCGCCUCGUGGCGGAUUUCCCAGGGUGUUCAACCUUGGAGGAGUUUCGGCUUCAAAUAAUCCGAAACUUUUAUAAAGCUUAUUAUGCCAUUAUAUAUGGCGAAGCCUCACAGGCUUCCAAGGAGGCGGCGGAAGAACUCCGUCGCUGUUUCGAGCAGACACUCGAAACAGUAGACGGGGUGGACCCCCGGUCCAAUGAAAGGAUUCAUGGAUGCCCUUAA